AUGAGGAUGUUGUCACCUUCGCUGCCUGCAACCUUGAUUAAGAACAUGAUGCUAGCCCCUGGCCCACAGCGCAAGCUAGUGGGCACCUGGCAGACAAGGGAGAGGCCUGGGAGCCCACAGAACCUCAAGAAAUUAAACAACCAGGACUUCAACCACCUGAGAAGCUACUACCUGAGCAAAGGGCAGCUAUUUGAAGAUGGCACCUUUCCAGCACAUGCCAGUUCCAUUGGCCCCCAACUGCUCCCUGAAGACACACUGCAUCGUAUAACGUGGAGGAGACCAAUUGAGAUACAACACAAUCCCCGUUUAAUCAUGGAGGGUGUUAGCAGAUUUGAUAUUGUUCAAGGAGAAAAGAUAGGUGACUGCUGGGUUCUGGCUGCCCUGGGGUCUUUGACAUUGCAGAAGCACUUUCUGGAAAAUGUUCUCCCAAAGGAUCAAGAAUUCCAAAACAACUAUGCUGGGAUUUUCCACUUCCGGUUCUGGCAUUUUGGAGACUGGGUGGAUGUGGUGAUAGAUGACAAGCUGCCUUUCCUUAAUGACGAAUACCUGUUUGUCCACCCUCGGACGAGAAAUGAAUUCUGGCCCUCCCUCCUAGAAAAAGCAUAUGCCAAGUUACGAGGCUCCUAUCAGAACUUGCACUGGGGUUACAUUUCAGAAGCUUUAGUGGACUUCACAGGGGGAGUCCAACUGCACCUUGAUUUGCCUGCCUCCAUUCCUAAGCUGGAGGAGGUACUGAAAGCAGCUGACAAAUCAUGUUGCCUGAUGGGCUGUACCACACCUGGAAAGCAGUCACUUGGAAACACAGAAUGGAAGAAUGGACUUGUGAAAGGCCAUGCCUACACUGUGACAGGGGCCAGAGAGAUACCUUACAAGAAUGGCUCAGAACACAUAAUCAGACUGUGGAAUCCUUGGGGUCAUGGGGAAUGGAAAGGACCAUGGAGCGAUGGUUCUGCCGAAUGGAAUCGAGUUCCAACUGAACAAAGGAGAGCUCUCUGUGAAGAGAAGGACGAUGGGGAGUUUUGGAUGUCAUGUCAAGAUUUUAGAAACCAAUUUUCCAGCGUGUGUAUUUGCAAUAGUACACCAACAUUUCUGGACUUUGGGGAUCAGCAUAAUACAACAUGGUUCAUGGACACACAUGCAAGUCAGUGGAUUCGAGGACUCAGCGCAGGUGGAAGCAAGCCUCAGAAUGCAGAAGCAUUUUCAAGGAAUCCUCAGUACUUCAUCAAGGUGGUAGAUGCUGAUCAGAAAGAGAAUAACGUUGUGGUGUCACUGAUGCAAAAACCUCCCAACAAUGCACAAGAUACACCAAAACUGGACAUUGGCUUUUUCAUUUUCUGGGUUGAACCCCAGUUCCAGGACCAGCUGAAUGGAUUGCCGGCUGCAUUUUUCUCCCAAUAUAAAUUUACACCUUGGAAGAAAGGUUUCAUCACAGCCCGAGACAUCACCGGUUGCUUUACCUUGAGCCAAGGCACCUAUGUAAUUAUUCCAGUUACGUCAAAAGAAGGCCAGGAGUCUGAAUUCCUCCUAAGAAUCUUCCUGCGGAGUCAAGAUUACAGCAAAGACCCGAACACCAGGCUCAGCCUCAUAUCGCCAAAGGAUGUAUCCAAACAGAACCAAGACAACAACUAUGAAAACAUCUUUCUAAGAUAUGCUAAGCAGGGUUCAGAUAUCAAUGCCUCACAGCUGCAAAGAAUUCUUAAUGAAGUGCUCCUGAAAGAUCAAAUGGCCGGCCCAGAAGGACGAUUCAGCUUUGAUUCAUGCAGAGGCAUUUUAGCUCUGAUGGAUCUCAGUUCGAAUGGAAGACUCACCCUGCAAGAGUUCAAGAACCUUUGGAAAUGUCUUGCUAAGUAUAAGGACUUCUUCAAGAGAGAAGCUCGAAGCCUUUUGGGACUCCUUGAUGCUUCAGACUUGAGGAAUGCAGUGCAGGCAGUAGACGUCGCUGCUACUGAGCAGCUCCUCCACCUCAUGGCUCUGAGAUAUGGCAACUCCUCCCGGAAAAUCAACUUCCCUGAUUUUGUGUGUUGCAUGAUCCGGCUUGAAACAAUGGCAAUGGCUGAUUUUUAUCAUGUACUGCUAAGGCAGUGGCACACUACAGAACUGUUGCCCAAGGGCCAAUUGGCACAUCUACCUGAUGUUGCAAGGAGAACGUCAGAACAGGAUCACAACAGGACCACACUACAGUGCCGUGUCAAGGCUAAGAUGCUGUGGGCAAAAUUCCACAGGGAUAUUGACAGAGCACAGCAGCAGGACACCCCACUCCAUUACAUGGCUCAGUACAGGUACCUCCAGCUGCUAAUUGAGGUACUGAAUUGGCAUGAACACCGAGGGACAGAGACUUCCAAGGCAUCCUGUCCUGCAGACAGUUUGCCAACCAUGGCUGCCACUCGCAGGCAAUCCAGGGACUCCAGUGGAGAAGAAAGCAAAAAAGUCCCGGCCAUGCCACCAUCCAGUUCCUCCAAGGAGGGUAGACCAAGGACCUUGAUCUCCACACCUGCUCUGAUUCCAAGGAUACCCAGGCAACUAAGGCAGACUGCAUUCAAUGCUAGAACUGACAGGGUGGUGAAUGCCCUCAGGGAAUGUGAACAGUGGGUGCAAGAGCUGGUCAGACAGGUUAGUUGUGCUGUGGGAAGCAUCAUGGGAAUCCAACACAAAAGGAACUAUGCUAAGUCCAGGAGGCAUUCCGACACACAGCACGACUGGAAAGUACUGAUGGGCAUACUGCUAACCAUUCUAUGCCUGGUGGUCAUCAGACCCGGUCCUGCAGCAGCCUCUGCACCUGCCCAUGCCAGUGAGCAGCAACGGUGGGCAUGGAUCUGCACUCUGCAAUCCAACAGUUCUCUGUCAAGCUCAGAAUAA